AUGAGCGCCCGGGCCACCUCGUACCGCCGCGCCUUCGGGCCGCCGCCGCUGCUCUCGCCGGGCUCCGGCUCCUACUCCUACUCCUCCGCCUCCGCCUCGUCCCGCCUGUCCGCCGCGCGCCUGCUGGGCUCGCCGGGCCCGGGGCGCUCCGCGCAGUGGGUGCGCGGCUCGCUGCGCGCCGCGCAACCGGCCCGCCUGGCCCCGGGCGCCGAGCGGCUGGACUGGGCGCUGGCCGAGGCGCUGAACCGCGAGUUCCUGGCCACCCGCGGCAACGAGAAGGCGGAGCUGCAGGAGCUCAACGACCGCUUCGCCAGCUUCAUCGAGAAGGUGCGCGCCCUGGAGACGCACAACGCGGCACUGCGCGCCCAGCUGGGCCAGGCGCAGGCCCGCGAGCCCGCGCGCGCCGCCGACCUGUGCCAGGACGAGCUGCGGGACCUGCGGCGCCAGCUGGAGUUGCUGGGCCAGGAGCGCGACCGCGCGCAGGUGGAGCGGGACAACCUGGCCGAGGACCUGGCCGCGCUCAAGCAGAGGCUGGAGGAGGAGAUACACAGGCGUGAGGAUGCAGAGAACAACCUGGUGCUGUUCCGGAAGGAUGUGGACGACGCCACCCUCUCACGCCUGGAGCUGGAACGCAAGAUCGAGUCUCUGAUGGACGAGAUCGAGUUCCUGAAGAAGCUGCAUGAGGAGGAGCUGCGUGACCUGCAGGUGAGCGUUGAAAGCCAGCAGGUGCAGGUGGAGAUGGAGACGGUCAAGCCGGACCUGACGGCCGCGCUGCGUGACAUCCGCACCCAGUACGAGAGCAUCGCGGUGAAGAACCUGCAGGAGUCCGAGGAGUGGUACAAGUCCAAGUUUGCUGACCUGUCGGACGCGGCCAACCGGAACCACGAGGCGCUGCGGCAGGCCAAGCAGGAGAUGAACGAGUCCCGGAGGCAGAUCCAGAGCCUGACCUGCGAGGUGGACGGGCUGAAGGGAACCAAUGAGGCGCUGCUGCGCCAGAUGCGGCAGCUGGAGGACCAGUACGGGGUGGAGGUCGGCAGCUACCAGGACACGGUGGGGCGGCUGGAGCAGGAGAUCCAGCACCUGAAGGAGGAGAUGGCGCGGCACCUGCGUGAAUACCAGGACUUGCUCAAUGUCAAGAUGGCGCUGGACAUCGAGAUCGCCACCUACCGCAAGCUGCUGGAGGGCGAGGAGAACAGGAUCACGAUCCCCAUCCACUCGCUGGCCUCCCUCAGCAUGAAAACGUCAGUGCCUGAGCCGGAGCAGACCGUGGAGAGCCACACCAGGAAAAUGGUUCUGAUCAAAACCAUUGAGACCCGGAAUGGAGAGGUGGUGACUGAAUCGAGAAAGGAGCAGAGAAGUGAGCUGGACAAGUGAGGCCGGCACCAGGCCUCUGCCCUGGAUCCAGGCGAUGGCGUGAAACUGCGAGACCCCUGCUGCAGUCCCCCACCUGCUCCCAGCCACACUGGCCUUAUUACUACUGAUACCUCUGCCACUCUGCCCAGUCCUCGUGCGCCCGGAGGGGGGAGCUCAGCCAUAACCACUCACAGCCCAGGGCAGGGGCUCCCACCGGGCUCCCCCAUCCCUUUGCCCCUCUCACCACAGGCCGUUUCCUCUGGCCCUCCCCUGUCCUAUGCCCUUGGAUCUGACCUGGCUGCUUUUCCUGCCCCGCCUCAGCCCCAGCUCUGCCUUGGGGGGUGGGGAUGAGGGAGUGACCUUCCCAGACUACAUGUACUGAGCUGGUAAAGCAGCAUCCUGGCUCCCCCUCCAGCUGCUGCCUGUGCUCUGCCCACACAAACCCCAAGCCCAGUCACCAAUCCAGUCCUGCUGCUCAAUCCCACCAUGAUUCCCGCUCCCAAGGUAGAGGCCCUGACCGAGUUUGGUACCAAAGAGGAGUCUGAUGCUGAAGCUGAUUCCAGAGAGGAACUGUCCUGGGUCUGAGAUCAGUCCUGAACUCUGGAGGGAUGCUACCUCCCACCAGCGGUUCUCAGAGCUGACAUGGUUCCUGAUGAGAGUACAACAGUCAGUGCUGUACCAGAGACUCCUGUUUCUGAGUGUGAGACCAAUGUGUGAUACCACGGUCUGACAUGGUGUCCGUUCCCAGUACGGGGUGAGGCCAGGCCCCCAAAUUCUGACACUUAUCAGGCCAGAAAGUGCAUUUUAGUACAGACACCAAUGGCUGGGACUACUGACCACUGUUGGAUUUCUAGCCCGAGUGCGCUCAGCCUGGAUUCCUGCUCCCCAGGUAAAAUCCCAGUACACAUGGCUGACGCUGAAGCAGUUCCUAGUCCCGGUACUGCCUCUUUCCAAUGCUGCUGAAUCUCCAUCUCGAUUCUCAUUUGUGCUGCUGAGUAGCAGCUGGGAGUGAUCCCUUUCAUAAGGUUCUCACCAUUUUUAACACCCGGUACUGCUGCCUGCUCCUGACACUGAUUUCGGCUUUGAUCCCAAAUCCCAGCCCUGAAAGGGAUAAGUGUGUCAGGUGCUGCACAACAGUGCUGAGUGAGACAAGGGGGGGUAAGCUAAUACCUUGUAUGAGACCAACUUCUGUGGGUGAAAGAGACAAGCAGUUGGUCCAAGAAAAGAGAUUAGCUUCUCCACCUUGUGUCUAGUAUCCUGGGCCCACCCGGGCUGCAACGGGCAAUAGUGACGGUCCAGUGCAGUCCCUGAGGGUGAAUCCUCCCCUAAGGAGCCCUGCUGGGGCACUGAGGCUCAGUUCUCAUUUUGAUGCGGAUCCCUGCCCAUCUGAUAGCCAGGUGCCUCUCUUUGAUUUCAGACACGUUUUUUUAGUUCUCCUGCUCUGACAUGGGGGAGUUUCUUCUCACCAUUCUCAGCACUGGCUCCAGGGGUGGCUCUAGGCAUUUUGCCACCCCAAGCACGGCAGGCAGGCUGCCUUCGGCGGCAUGCGAGCGGGGGUCCGCCGAAGCCAGGGUCCCAGCAGACCCUCUGCAGGCAAGCCACCGAAGAGACCUGCCUGCUGCCCUCAUGGCGACCGGCAGAGUGCCCCCAGUGGCUUGCCGCCCCAAGCACGUGCUUGGCGUGCUGGUGCGUGGAGCUGCUCCUGGCUGGCUCCAAUACUUGAACAGAUGCAUGGAACGAUGUUUCCUGCUGCCAAAAUGUGCUGCUAUCCCAGCUCAGUAGCGAUUCCUGAGCCCAAUACCUGCUGCUGACACCAAGCCCUACGGUGCUUUUCCGAUCCUGCUCCUAUGAGUGAGUCCCGAAUCGUAUUCCUUGAGCCUGACUGCAGCUGAAUAUGCAGUCCCCAAAUGCUUUACCCCACUGCCAUCCUCACAUCUGUGCUCUGGCCACCUGGCUGCACAUGCUGUGCCUGACUCUCAGAUCUACCUCCCUUGUCCCAGCCCUGCCUUUAACGAGGGGGUUGGGGUAGGGACCCCUCACCCUGCUGGAAUGACACACUGGAGGCUCUGAAUAGCUGCAGGCUCGUUGCUUUGGUGCUCCCUGAUCUGCCUAAACAACGAGUGUUGCCCAGCGCUCGAGCGUGGUGUUGAAUGUGCCCCGUCUUGCUUUACUGGCCACUAAAGAUCAUAUUGAGGAAUCGCUUGUGUCUGCUUCUAGUCUGUGCCUCCUUGUUCCAGUGUCUGGUAUCUCCACCCCCCCAGUGGAGGGGAAAAGGGGGGAGAGGCCUCAACUUUGACCCCUUGAGGCAGUGCCUGCUAAGGGGCCCCUGU